ACAUGGAAUAACAUUGCAAAAGAUCCCUACGCCAAAACCGAGUGGUUAUUACAUCGUUUCGGAAAGACACAUGCACUAUUCCACGGAAUUAGGUUGGGCCCAACUUUCAUAAACGAGAACGUUUGUCAAACAUUACUAUCAAGAAAUGUCAUAUUUUCAAGAUAUCUGGUUCAAAGAGUAUUAACGCAUUACGGAAGACAAGAUCCAGCAUUGACCGAAAUGAAACUCAAAUACAACGUAAUACCAGCCGAAACAAACAAAUUACGCUUGGAUCAAAACAAAUUAAGUAAUCCAUGGGCAAGCGAUUUGCCCUUUAGCGUGUUUAGCAUCAUCUUGCAAGAAGGUGAAGCUAGAUUUUCCAAAAUACCGGUUAAGGGGAACGACAUGGAAUUAUUCCAUUUUAUCUCAGCGGGCACACUUAUAAUACAUUAUGCAUCCCAAGAGCUGAAAAAUAAUUUCGAUACCAUAAAAAAUUUGAUCACAAAGUAUCAUUUCGUCCCAUUUCCCCCAAGGCCGAGAAAACUUCAAUUAAGUUACGACAUUGACCCUCACAACAAUUUGAUGGUUCCGGAAGAAUAUCCACCGAAAGAUGGCUUUGAAAAUAAUAGACAGCUCAACGUAGUUGCGAGAGCCAUAUUGCUUGACGCAAGAUUGGUUGAAUUAUGGAAGGAGAUCGGGUACACCGAGAUAUGUAGUGACACCAAUAAUCUUGUCAUAUCGGGAGCAUUACUAAUCCUAUUUCCUCCAUCCCCACCAUCUGGAUGGCUUUGCCCCACUGCCGACGAUGUAAAGCUCCGCCUUACCAAGCUUAUCGAACUAGGGUUUAAGCUCGACGAUAAAUCCAUAGUAGACGCCUUACAGAUGUACGAAAAUAAGUUGGAUAUUUACGGCGAUAUCCUUUGGAAUGCUUUCACCACAAUUCGAAGCGGUGAACCAAAUCUUUCAUUUCUUUCCGAUCUUUUUAAAGAGGCUUUUGAGCCAUCAAGGGCUCUCAAAAAAACAUUGUUUUUAAAUUUCCUAAAAUCAAAGUGCGAAUGUCACGAGCAAAUCGUAAGACAAAUUGUGGUACAAAAAUUUAAAGAGGAAUAUGUUGAAGAUAUAGACUUUGAAAUAAGAAGGAAAUCCCUCAUAUUAUCACCAAAAGUUUAUCAAUUUAUAAUUGAAGCUUAUGGGCAUGGAUCAGAGAUAGCAUCGAUAUGCUUCGUUGAUCUCCUUUCCUUAAAGAU